ACCGUUAUGAUGAUAUGAAGACGUUGUCCUUGUUGAUUUUAUAUAUAAAUAGCCAAUCGUGAAUACAUCUUUCACAGAAUUCAGCUGAUUUAGUACAUAGUUUCUUAACUCUUCAAAAAUGAUUGCCAAGCUUGCUCUUCUCUUCGCUGUGGUUGUUGCUACCAAUGCAAUUGGUCUUCCACUCGGACAUGGCGUAUUGCAUAGCACAGGCGUCAGUGCAAGAGCUCAAACUCAGGAUGCCUUUGGCAACUAUGCUUUCAACUAUGGCAUUGCAAACGGUGCUGGUGCAACUAACUCAAGAGCCGAAGUAGGUGAUGCCCAUGGUAACAAAAGAGGUUCAUAUACUCUGGCUGACAACGAUGGAAGGGCACGUAGAGUAGAUUACGUAGCUGAUGCUCAUGGAUUCCGUGCUGCUGUUCAUACCAACGAACCAGGAACUGCUGCCAGUGCCCCAGCUGCAGCUGUAAUUGCUAGUCCUUAUGCUGCCCCUGUAGCUCCAGUUGCUCAUGCUGCUGCCGUACCAGCUUUAGCUGCCGCUCCCUUGGCUGCUGUUAAUUUUGGUGGAACCAUUGCUCACGCUGCUGCCGCUCCUGCAUUAGCAGCACCUUUGGCUGCUGUUGCCUAUGGUGGAGCUAUCCAUCAUGGAGCAGCACUUGGUCAUGGUCUUGCUCUUGGACACGGUCUUGGACACGUACAUGGUCUUGGUUAUGCACACGGUCUUGGUUAUGCACAUGGUCUUGGUUUAGGACAUGGUAUUGCUCACUUGUAAUUACCUGGAAUAUUUAAGGUUUGAUGAUAAGACUUGAAUCUGUGAUCCGAAAACUUUUAAAAAGCCAAACAUGUCUAUUCGUUCACCAAAUUUGUCCUUCUAAUAUUUCCGUGAUUUGCAUUUUUUAAAUAUUAAAUUGUUACAUUUCAAAUCAUGCAUUCAAUGAUAUGGUGUUGGUCUAUUUUGUGCGUUCCUGCUUCUAUGAGCAAGACAAAUUUAAAUUAUUUUGUUGUAUAUUGUGAAGCAACUGUAAAUAAAUGUUUUUAAACAGAAA